GGUUGAGGGGACAGUGAGAUCAAGGGGAGGACAGUGAGGUUGAGGGGAUGGGUGAGGCUGAUGGGACACCAAGAGUUGAGGGAGCCGAGUUGUUGACUGUAGUACCAACAUUCCACGUGGACUCCACAUUGAGUCCUGGUGGCUUCCUUUCCAAUCCAGCUCCCUGGCAAUACUUCUUGGGAGUCACAGGUGAUGGCCAGAACACAUGGGCUCCAGGUCCACAUGGGAAACCCAGAGGCUCCAGGCUCCUGGCUACCUGGCCAUGCUGGCAGUUACAGCUAUCUGGGAAGUGCUCUGUGUGUGUAUAUACAUUUAAACUCUGCCUUUAAAAAAUAAACAUUUUUUAAAAUAGCCUGCAAAUAUUGAAUCUUACCAAGUCCUUUCUUAGCUCCUAUUGGAAUUGGUCGAAGGUUUUGUUCUUCCUCUGCACAUGGUUUAAAGACCUAUGGGGGAGGGCCGCUCCUUGUCCCUCCUGGACCUGCACCCGGAUCCCCACACAGGCAUUGUGGGUAGAUCGGACCUGCAGCUGCUUCUGCCCUAACACUGGUGGGUGACAUCAAGGGGUCUCAGGGUUCUGAGCUGGCUUGUUUGCAGGACAUGCGUGGUGGGUGGGAUCCCAUGAGUCAUCGUGUUUAUAGGACCUGUGAGGCAGGUGGGAUCCUGUGUGUCCUGCCCAGGGCCUCCCAGGCUUCCCUUCAUCUGGCCCAGCUCCAGAGUCAGCAAGGGUGUGCACUGCAGUUAGUGGGAGCUUCUGCACCCCCAGUCAGGGGCCAGGUAGAGCCCAGCUUCAUUAUGAAUGACUCCCAGGCAGGUAGUUAACCUAUGAUCCCCAUCAUCCUUAGAGGGCCUAAUCUGCACCCCUGCCCCCAUGCACACUGCCGCCAGAUGGGCAGGUGCAGUAGUUACCCUUCGCAGGUUCAUGGGCUUCACCUCUCUGCACUGCUGCAGCUCUAAGGGACAGGACUGGGCUAGACAGGCCCACCGUGCCCUGAAGGCUUUUCUCUGCUGGAGGCACAGGAAGCCAGGACCAGCCUGGGUCCGGUUGUGAAGCCAGUUGGCCUGGUGUCCCCUGGUGCCUGCAGGCAGUGACCCUCUGUCUCUGGGCAGGACGAGAAGCACCAUCCACCAUGGUGAAGCUUGGCUGCAGCUUCUCCGGGAAGCCUGGCAAGGACCCUGUGACCCAGGAUGGGGCUGCCUCAGACAGCGCUCCUCUCAUCAGCCCUUUGGACGUAAGCCAGCUGCAGCCGCCCUUCUUGGACCAGGUGGUUAUCAAGACGCACACUGAAUACCAGCUGUCCCCGGACCAGGCCAAGACAUUUCCAGACCUGGAGGGCCAGAAGCUGGCCUGCAGCCAUCCGGAUGAUGGACGCAAGCUGCCCACCGCGAGGAUGAUCGCCUUCGCCAUGGCACUGCUGGGUUGCGUGCUCAUCAUGUACAAGGCCAUCUGGUAUGACCAGUUCACCUGUCCCGACGGCUUCCUGCUUCGGCACAAGAUCUGCACGCCACUGACCCUGGAGAUGUACUAUGCAGAGAUGGACCCUGCACGCCAUCGCAGCGUCCUGGCAGCCAUUGGCGCAUACCCACUGAGCCGCAGGCAUGGCACAGAGGUGCCGCUGCCCUGGGCUGAGAACCCGCGGGUUCCCAAGGAGCAGCGCAAGGCACCCACCACGGUGGUGGCAGUUGUAGCCACAAAUCCCCCCAGGAAGAUCUCGGCCAAGGGCGAAGAGGAGUUGUCGAUGAAGGAGCCCCCUGGCAGUGUGCUGCCCUCGCAGUGAUGCCUCAGUGAUUGGCGCUGCCUGGCAGCACCAUGCUCCUGUGCUCCACACAUCACUCCACGCCUGUGUUGGUGCUCCCUGGUUCCCCUCUGCCCCCACGGUUCCCCUGCUGAAGCCUGGCCUCUGUGGGCCUCUGUCUCCAUGGCUUUUCUGUGAAUAAAGACUGUGUUCAUCUGGCUGUUCCUCUCUGCUGAGCAUCCUCUCUGAGGCAGCUCCCGGUGGGUGGGGGGGCUGGGCUACCUGGAAGCAGGGGAUGGGGCCCCCAGCCCAGCUGCCAUCACUUGGUGCUGGGCCUAGGACCUCCU